AUGGAGCCCAAAGCGCCAGGGAGGCCCCUGCAGCUCAUCCGGCUGAAUAUGGACGAGCGGAAGGUGGAGGUCAACGAAGAUGCGUUGGGUCGCCUUGAGAAACGCCUUAGAGAAAUGGGCGCCACAUCGGUUGCAGUUGUCUCGGUGAUGGGGGCUUUCAGAACUGGAAAGUCUUUCCUUCUGGACUUGUUCCUUCGAUUCCUGAGAUGGGAGGCGGAUCAUCCUGAAGAGGCCAAAGAGGCCGCCAAGGCGCGGCCACUGCUCUCUUCGAUUUUCAGUGCAAAUGAUGUGAUGCUGUAG